UAAACUUUAGGCUUUCCCUUUCUCAGCCACAAGAUAAAAUAUCUUUUUUUGGUAGAACACAAGAAAAAAUAUCUUCACGCCCUCGAGAAGGAGAGAGAGGGUCGUGGGAGGCAGAGACUAGAGAGUGCUCUGGAGGUAGAGAAUUGCAGAGAGAGAGAGAGAGAGAGAGAGAGAGCAUUCGUAGCAUUGCGCAAGAAUUGCAGAGGAUUCAAAUCCUUGGUCGGUGGGCUUUGAUGUUGUAAUCGGAAAUACCACCGGGAAACUGAACAAAACCAGAUAAAAACGGCCAAUCUCCAUCUCUCCUUCUUUCUCUCUCUUAUAAUUUACAAUUUUCCGAACUCGUAUUGGUGGGUAUCUCACUGCUUUCUUUCCUUUCGCUUGGAUUAAUUUUUUUUUUCCUGUUCUCAAAGGUAGGGUUUUUGCUAGCUAGAUGCUUCGCUUAAUUGGGAAAAAUGCCGCUCUUCUCAAAGGCAGGGUUUUAGCAUUUGAGAAUGGUUUGGUUUGAGAUUUAGCUUCAUUCUGUGCAGAAAUAAGAAUGGCGAGAGAGAAAUUCAGAUUAAAAAGAGCGAUAACACGGCGGCGAGGCAGGCUACUUUCUCGAAAAGAAGAAGAGGGAUUUUUAAGAAGGCUGAGGAGCUCUCCAUCCUUUGCGAUGCCGAGGUCGCUCUCAUCAUUUUCUCCUCAACUGGAAAGCUCUUCGAGUAUGGUCGCACUAGACAUUUUUUCUGUAUUCAUGCUUGAUUAUGAUGGGGCCUUGAUUUUUUGUAUCCUUAUCAGUUAUAUAUAUAUAUAUAUAUAUAGCGCCUCAAACGUCGCUGCUCACAGGAUUACUGUUACCUCUCCCCACCAAAGUCUUAACACUGAUACCUGUUGGCGCUCGUGGAUUGGAGUCUGGAGAAGGACUACAAGGAGAGAGGAGACAACAAACAGAGCCGUGAGAAUACUAACAAAACUUUCAACCUCUUACAAUGUAUUGCUUUUCUUAUUCAGCAUCUUUUUGAAGCUCAAUAUUUCUUAUUGAUCUCAAAUAAUGCAGUAUCAUUUUACUA